AUGUCUUUCCAAAACAUUGGCCUCCGCAUGGGCGGCGUCUCGAGAGCGGUAUUCGCUGCCCAAGGCGUUUUCCUGCUGGGUAAUGCUUGUUUCAGUAUUCUGUUCCCAUCCUCUGUGGCCAGUUUCGAGGGAUCUUCGUUGAGUGGAACUCAUGAAAGUGUUGUGCAAUGCAUCGGGUAA